AUGCCAGCAGCCCAUGUGUUUAAGGGUAUCCGGAAAGACGAAACACUGGCGGUGCUGCCGCAAGAAAUCCCAAGCAGCACGGCUACUGUAGGCAUGGUGCAUGCGGGCGUCGCACGCCAACGCUGCGGAGAUAGCGGACGUGCCGGAGACUACAGUGGAGGGUUGAUUGGUGGUGUGGGCCACAUUGUCGAAAUUGAUGAAACAAGCUUAAAAAAGAAGAGCAAACACAAUCGUGGGCGACACUUCCCGGAGUAUUGGCUCGUCGGUGGAGUGGACCGCUCUUCUGGACAGUGGUUUGGCCGAAUUGUUGACACAGAUAGAAUCCAAAAGAAGCUAUUUCCUGUUGUUCGCAAGUUUAUCAAUCCUGGGGCAACACUCUACUCGGACAUGUACGCCACAUACGUUACCGAAAGGAAGCCUAAGCGCGGUGUGCUCAUCAGAACGCUCACCAACCAUCCUUCUCUUCAGGACUUGAACUACACGCACAAGUAUGUGAACCACACAGAACACUACGUGGAACCAGAGACUGGAACACAUACAAACACUAUAGAAGGCCUGUGGGAGAUCGACAUCAAACGCCUCAUCAAAGUCAUGCAAGGUAUGACAAAGAGUGCCCUCGAUGGCUAUUUGGUCGAGUAUAUGUGGCACUCGUGGUACUUCCCACGGGAGGCUACCACCGCGCAGGUUAUGUGUGGCUUAGUGCAGCUAAUUAACCGUCAGGGGGCGUAG